AAAGUCACUCACGUUUUCUUUACAUUGUCAUUCCCAACGUCUGAAAAAAAAAAAACUCCCAACUUUCCCUCUUCCCGUUCCGUCUCUUCUUCUUCUCUCUUUCAUAUUUUCCGAUCCAAAUUCUUCAAAAAUUACACCAUUUCCCGUUCAAAUUCUUCAAUCAAUCCCCAUAAUUGCACCGUUUUCCGCCGCUUGAUCAUCCAGUCUCAGCGUUAGCCAUGGCGGCGACUCGCUUCUGGACUUUCCCCACCUUCUUCUUUCUCCUUUCCCUAACCCUAACUUCUCUUCUUCCCCUUUGUCUUGCUAACUCCGAAGGCGACGCUCUCUACACUCUCCGCCGCAGUUUCUCCGAUCCCGAUAACGUUCUUCAGAGUUGGGAUCCUACUCUUGUUAACCCCUGUACUUGGUUCCAUAUCACUUGUAAUCAAGAUAACCGCGUUACCCGAGUGGACUUGGGUAAUUCUAAUUUGUCUGGACAUCUUGUUCCUGAACUUGGAAGGCUUGAGCACCUGCAAUAUUUGGAACUUUACAAAAACAACAUCCAUGGAACUAUUCCAGAUGAGCUUGGAAACUUGAAGAGCCUCAUCAGUUUGGAUCUGUAUAACAACAACAUCAGUGGAAGAAUUCCAAUUUCUUUGGGGAAAUUGAAAUCUCUUGUGUUCUUACGGCUUAAUGAUAACCGAUUAAAUGGACCAAUCCCGAGAGAACUUACUGGAAUUACAAGCCUUAAAGUUGUGGAUGUCUCAAAUAAUGACUUGUGUGGAACAAUACCAACCAGUGGACCAUUUGAGCAUAUACCUUUAAACAACUUUGAAAAUAACCCUAGAAUGGAAGGGCCAGAGUUGUUAGGACUUGCUAGCUAUGACACAAAUUGCACAUAGAAGGUGAUGCUACAAAAUUUACAGCUUUCAGAAUGAGAAGAAUAGGGCAAUGGGGGAAAGUAAUAGUGUUUUUUUCACUGAAAAUAGUGAAUUGAAUUGGGGAAAUACUAAAAAUCUAAAAUGACAGAUUAGUGUUUGUAAAUUGUAAUACCAAAUGCUUUGGUAUUUUGUAACAGUAUUUUUCAGCUGCCACGACCAUGACUUUGUGCUAAUGGUAAUUCUAACAACUGUUUGUUCGGUAAAGACAGUAGAAAUUUAGUCGUAUUUUUGAGUUA